CCGUCCGUCGCCCCGGGCGCCCAGCAUGUCGGUGCACUACACCCUUAAUCUGCGGGUCUUUUGGCCCCUGGUGACGGGCUUCUGCACCGCCCUGGUCUGCCUUUACCACGUCCUGAGCGGAAGAGGCGGCUCUACCGCGCCCCAGGACGGCGAGGAUGCCGGCUUCCCGCUGCUCAAAGCCAUUCUCUUGCUGUUCUUGGGCUACCUCCUUCUGCGUUUUCGCCACGCUGCCCGCCAGCGCUUCCUGCCUCGAGCCCCCCACCAGGGGCUCGCCCCCUCCUCCCCGAGACUCUUGCAUGAGCCGGGCCUCAGUGUUUUACUGGAGAGCUACUAUGAGCACGAAGUUCGCCUGUCCCCGCAUGUGCUGGGCCACAGCAAGGCGCACGUCAGCCGCAUCGUGGGCGAGCUGGUCCGGGCCGGCCGGGCCCGGGGCUCUCCGGGCCCUUCCGCCGGAGGAGCGCUAGCUCUGGCCUUUCGGGGGGACUUCGUCCAGGUGGGCAGCGCCUACGAGCAGCACAAGAUCCGCCGGCCCGAUGGGUUCGACGUGCUGGUGCCCUUGCGCCUGCCCCCUCUGGUGGCGCUGGAGCCUCGGGGAUUGGGAUCGGAGCCCGAGUUGCCUGCGGCGCUUCGUGGCUGCUUCGUGUGCGCCCUGAAGGCCCCGCCGCCGCCGCCUUCGGGCGGGGCCGGACACCAGUGGCACCGGGACUCCAAGCCCUUCUCCGACGGCUUCUGUGUGGAUUUGCGCGGCCGGCGCCACCUCUCUGCGGCGCUGGUGUCGCGCUGGUUUCAGGCGCACUUGCAGCGGUGUCUCGCCACGGUGCGCUACAGCUUGGAAGAGCGCUGCCGAGUCAGCCUGUCCCCGGGGGGCCUCGACCAGCCCCCCACGUUGCACAUUCUACCUUGUCGCACCGACUACGGGUGCUGCCGGCUCUCCAUGGCUGUGCGCCUGAUCCCCGCCGUGCACCUGGGCGACGGAGUCUUCCUAGUGGCGCCGCCGUGGCCUCCGCCGGGGCUCCUGCCGGACCUCCCGGGAGGGCUGAAGGCCGAAGCGCUGUGGGGAUUGAACACGGCCCGCCAGGAGCAACGCCUCCUGGGCUGGCUGCAAGAACGAGCCCCGCCGGGCUCCUGUCACCUUAAAUGCUUGCAGCUGCUAAAGGCGCUGAGAGACCUGGGCGCCCGAGGGCUGGACCCGGGGGCUUCCUCGCAGUGGGGGCGCAUCCUGUCGUCUUACACGCUCAAGACCGCGCUUCUGACGCUGCUGCUGCGCGGGGAUUCUCUGCACAGCUGGGAAGAGCUCCGUCUGAGAGAGCGGCUGGAGGAGCUGGUGCUCUACCUGCGGGACUGCCUGCUCCGCCGCCGCCCGCUUUUUCACUGCCUUCUGGGCCCCGAGGGAGCGGUCGGACUCUCCGCCGAGAUCGGCCCGCUGCCCAAAGUGUUGCGCGAGGCUGCCCCCGUAGACCUCCUGGCCUCUUACGACGGGCGCGCCCGGGAGUUGGUGGCGGCGCGGCUGGUGUCCACGUGGCGCCGGCUGCCCCAGCUGCUCCGGGUUUACGGGGGACCCCGCUACCUGUCCAGAUGCCCCCAGCCUCGGAGCCAACGAGUCCAAGGUUUCCCGGAGCACGAUCCCUAAACCUGGGAAAGAGCCUUCACCUGACCACUGAUUCCGCGAAGCGAUCCUGAAGGAUAGUUCCCAGCCUAGUACGGGCCCUCUCUCGGUGCCGCCGGGGAGGUGAGGGUCGGAAAAUGAACAAACCACGCUUUUGGUUCGUGGGGUUGCGGGGUGCGGGUCCGGGUAAAACCAUCGAGUCGCCAGAAUGAAUGGCUGCGCAGAGGAGGCUCCUUUAGUUUUGGAGGGCCCUCCUCAUCCCCCGCCAGAGUUUGGCCCAAGCUUUCUUUACAUUAUAGAUACUAGAGAUAUAUACAUUGCUGCCACUACCUUAGGAACAAAGAAAGCACGGUUUAAAUGAUGAUUCCUUUCCAAAUAAUCUAUGGGAACCCGGGAAAUUGGGAGAGUAUGGUCGAAAGGGGAGUUGGGGAAGGUGGGGCGCGUCUUUUGUCCUAGGCCCAUAGCAUGUGUUCGCUUGCCUUACAAAAAUCAAUCCGGAUCUUAAACCACAGCUGGAAGAGGAGGCUAUGAUGUACUGUGUAACUUAGUUAUAGAUUCUACAAAUUAGUAUUAGUGUGCUCUGUGAGCAGUGCAAUUAAGAACAUGUUUGACAAGAUUUCAAAGCAUUCCGUUGCACAGCAUGCCAAAGGGUGAUGGAGAAUUUGUUAGGGGAAAAAAAAAACCCUUCUAAAGAGAAUAGCACUUUAUUUUGAUAAAUGCCUUAAUUUUAUAGUGAUUGUUAUUACCAAGUGUUGCAUUUUGCAGACCAAUUAUACAGCAAUAUAAAUUAGUUGGCAUCUUUACUUAGCAUUCCUGAAGAACCAAGGAAUGAAAAAUGCUGGUUAGUGCAAAGGACCAUGGGUAACAACAAAUGUUUUUCAGCAACACUGAUGAAAUCAUAAAACUUAUCAGUGCCUAGAUUAUUUAGGCCUUCCCUUUGGCUUAUUAUGCCAAAUUUUUGCUACUUGAUACAAGGUAAUCUUUUCUACAGCCACCCUCCACCCAUUUUAAAAUGCCUUACUGAAAACCCAGGGUACAUUCAUGUUGGAAUGACCUUUGUUUCAUUGCACAGCCACCACUCAAGCUGAACUUAGAGCCUGAAGGGACCCUGAAGGAAAGCUAUGCCAGUUAUUUUAAUACUGUGUAUUCUCAGAGACUGCCAGACUUCCAUAAAAUAGCUGCAUUUUCACAUAGUACAAUACCUUGGGAAUAGGUUUGCAGGUUCAUUAAGGAUGGUUAUUCCUUGGGUAGCAAAGGGAAAAUGCAGAAAAUAGAGAGGAAAGGAAAUGAUAAUCUUUGUUAAUUGUGCCCCCCUCUCUAGGCAUAAAUCAUAUAACUAAGGAAAUCCAACAUAGCAUUGAAGUUCUAUUUCUUUUCUGAAAUCUUUUCUUAGGAGCUUCUGAAUCUGUUUUUGACUGAGGUGCAAGUCACAUUUUUAACCGCUUUCCCUGGGCAGUUGUCCAACUGAUUGGAAUGACAGGGUUUUGGAUUUAAUCUAUCCUUUGUGUGUUUAAAAUAAAUGGAUGUGUAUCUCAAGAAUUCAGUCUCUAAAAUGUAAAAUACUAACUGUCCAGAAUAAGACCAUUGAUGAGUGCUUGGACAGUCUUGAGGAAGUUCCUCAAAAUUUGCUGCUUUGGGAGGUUCCUUUCUCAAGUUUCUGAAUGAAUAUUUUAUAAGCAAUAACCUCACAUGAGGACUUCUCAGACUGGACUGCACUGAACACUGGCUUCCUUUGAAACAUAGGAUAAGUCAUUAGGGGAAUGAUUGGAAAUGUGUCUUGGAGGAUUUAGGUUUUUUUGGGUUUUUUUUUUGGUAGAUAACUCAGUUUGUAGUUUCUAUCCAAAAGCCAUUCCAGUUUCUUCUUCUUCUUCUUUUUUUUAAAAUAUCAAUGUUAGUCAUUAGGUACUGAAUUUGCCAAAACAUCUGUCUGUAAGCAAGUGACAUAAAGGAAUCUAAACUUUGCCAUUAAGAUAAACUUUUCAAUAGAUACUAAGGUUAUUCUUUAUCUGGGUAUAUAUAUAUAUAAAUCUCAUGUAAUCAACCUAAAGAGCAUUCUCAUUAGCCAGUAAAGGAACUGGGACAAUUGAAAAUAGUUGACCUCAAAACAUUUCCAUUUUAGUUUAGGAGGAAUUUUUUGAUCUUUUGAGUGGGAAGAUAGAAGAAAUAGAGCAACUAUAAAACUUCAGAAGGUUAAUUUAUCACAUUUUCUAACUGCGGUGAUGGGUUCUUUAUUAAAAAUGUUAUUUAAAAAUAUAAAUUUGAUAAUGUGCUGCUGCUGCAGCUUUAUUUUCAGGUAUCCUAUCUAAAGCCAUGACUAUUCUCAAGGUUUUAUUAUUAUCUUUAUUAUUUUUUUAAAUUAAUGGGGCAUUGUAUUUGUGUUUUCUAAACAUAAAUGUCUUAUUUAUAUGCCAUGCUGAACAAUUUUUCAUUGUACAUGGUAACCAAAGCUUAAAGAUUUAGAUCAAUUUUGGUCAAUGCUUAGUAGCCCAAAACAUGUACUAUGUACACUUGAAAUAAUAUGGCAUAUAACAAGGGAUGGUGGUUGCCUAGGGCACUUAAGUUUAUUUUUUACUUUAUUAUAGCACUAUUCCCUUAAUUGGGUGGACACUCCAGUGGGUAGUUCUCUCUCAUAUAUAUUUUUAAUUUACACUUUUUUUGGUACUGGAGAUAAAAUACAUGGAAAUUUCUAAUAAGUUUGUUUUAUUUUUCUCCUGGUACCUGUAGUUAUAUGAGUUGCUGAUGCCAGGAGAAAAUUGGGGGAAGGUAUAAAUGAUUGCAGCUUGAGGCACCCAAAGGUAACUUCCACUGACCCCUAUGGGAACUGUACUGGAUUCUUCUGAGGAGGAUAGAAUUAGGGUUUUGAAAACUGAAGCCUGAGAAAAGAAAAAUGAGAAAGGGAAACAAAGAAUGUUGGAAGGACUAGGAAAGUGAAUCAAAGAUGGCAAAGUAAGCAGUCUGAAGAGUGAAAACUUGUGAUGAUAGGAGAGGACGGGGUAAUAGAGAAUGGGGUAGGAGGAAUUCAUUUUAACUCUGUAUUAUGUUAAUGGUCUACUCCUCAAAUAAUAUAAUUUGGUGUUUUUGGUUAUAGAUUGUAAUUUUGUUAUCUAUAUUGGGGGUGCAGUAUUCCAAGUAUUAGAUAUUAUCUUAUCUAAGCUUUAUUGUAAAGCUAAACCAGCAGAAUGAUAAAGCUACAGGUAGGACUUUUUAUAUACAAUUUGCCUAAUGUUACUAUGGAGAAUUGAAUUGUUAGGAUAGCAAUUGGAUUCUUUAGCAGAGGAAGUGUGAGUAAAUUCAUAGCACUUCCUUCCCUGGGAUGCUUAGACUCUUCCGCCAUAUUGGAUUUGACCAUCCAGAUGGCACAUAUUUUCUGGCAGUGUCUUAAGUACCACCUUGGGAAUAAGCCAGAUUCCACCAAGGGAAUAAUUUGAACCUUUGUCUCACUUUACCAUGUCUUAAAUUCAGUCUUGAACUUCCCCUUCACAUGGGUAUAUUAACUUUUUCAGGCUACUAGAUUAGCCUCCACUGAAGCAGGACUUUAACCAUUGGCAUCCCUAGCAGCCUGAAAAAGGUAGUCUACCUCCAAGUGCCACUUUGCAAAAUUGGAUUGAAAUUUGUCUCUUAGUAAGAUAUUACCUCAAAAUUCUGGUUUUCUCCCUUAUCUCAAGAGCCAAGUGCCCUCUGUGACUUUGGGCCUCUUUGCUUCAGCAUUCUCAUCUGUAAACUGAAGAUAAUUGUACCCCUACGUCAUGAGAGGUUUAUGAGGAAUAGCAAAGCUAAUGCUGGUUUACAGUGUACAUUGAAAAGGGGAAAAAAAAAACCCCUCAGUAUUAUCAUAGUUAUUGUUAUUUUUAAAAGCAUAUCUAUGGCUUCUUAGACACUACUGUUUUGUAAUUUCAUAUGUACAUAUUUUUAUACCUAUAUUUUUGAAAGGUAUAAAAUACUCAUAAGGGUAGGUUAUAAUGAUCCUAUUAGCCAUGGAUGUAGGAGUGGGAGGGACUGGAGAAGAAUAAGAUAGAUAUAUCAAGUUAUAUAGAUGUACAACUAAGUCAUAUACAUAUUUCUUUCCCUUUAUCAGAAGAUAAUGUGAUCUUAAGCAAACUUGGCAUAUUUUGAUUAGCAACACUAUUAAGUGCCUAGUAGAUUCAGGAAACCUUGGGAGAGAAAAAAAUAUAUGACAGUUGUUGUCCUCCUGAAGCUAAUAUGCCUUAAUUCAGUCAUCUUAAAACAUUCCACCUAUUUUAUUUUUCAAAAGUGCAUAAAAUAUUGCAAAGCAAGUCUGUUUAAUAUUUCUUGUCCUCUGGCAGAGAAAAAUCAUUGUAAAAUGUCUUUGAAGAAAAAAAAAGACCAAAGAAUUAACUGAGUAUUGUUCUGCUGCUAUUGCAAAAAAAAAAAAAAAUUGCUUAAAAUUUCUGCCUAUUUCAAAGUGUUAAAAUGUGCCGUUUUCUUUCUCUUUUAAGGUCCAAACAUUUGCACUUUUAUUGGGAAGAGGGUGACUUUAAAUUGUUUUUCUAUAUUUCACUCUAUGAAUAAACAAGCUUUUUGAAACCUC